AAGAGGACGAGACCGUGAGGGAGACAGACAGAUACGGGCAAGACAGAGAGGGAGCCGGGGAGAGAAUGAGAUAGAGACUCAGGGAAGGGACUGAAUCUAAGAGAAAACCAUUUGGACAGAAACAGAAGGAUUGGGAGAGAAAGUGAUAUGGGUGUGUGUAAGUGUGUGUGUGUGUGAGAGAGAGAGAGACUGAAAGACACAGAGAUUAGAGAGAGACAGAAGGUGAGUCUGGUGACAGAGACAGUCGAAAAGAAAGGGAGAGAACGAGAGGAAGACAGACCACAAGAGAGGAGAGACAAAGACAGAAAGAGUGAGCGGAUAAGUGAGACUGAGGCCGAAGGAGGCAGCACCUGAGGAGGAGGAGGGGGGCUGUGGCUGGGAGCCCCAGCACCGCCCUCUUGCCCCCUGUCCUUGGGACCCCAGAGCUGCGGGUCAGCUGCAGAGACACGCACACACGGGCCCUUUCUUUCUCUUCCCGAGCCCUGGAUGGAGGAGGGCAGGCCUCGGAGCAGCCUCAGCCUGGCCAGCAGCGCCUCUACCGUCUCCUCUCUUGGCAGCCUGAGCACCAAGAAGCCCGCCCGGGCAGUAAGCAAGGUGCACGCCUUUGGGAAGAGGGGCAAUGCGCUCAGAAGGGACCCCAACCUCCCAGUUCACAUCCGAGGCUGGCUGCAUAAGCAGGACAGUGCUGGGCUCCGGCUCUGGAAACGCCGCUGGUUCGUCCUCUCCGGCCAUUGCCUCUUCUAUUACAAGGACAGCCGCGAGGAGAGCGUCCUGGGUAGCGUUCUGCUCCCCAGCUAUAGUAUCAGGCCAGAUGGGCCAGGGGUCCCCCGAGGGCGGCGCUUCACCUUCACCGCGGAGCACCCAGGCAUGAGGACCUAUGUUCUGGCUGCCGACACGCUAGAGGACCUGCGGGGCUGGCUACGUGCGUUGGGCCAGGCCUCCCGCGCAGAGGGGGAUGACUGUGGGCGUCCCAGGUCACCUAUACGUCCCCAGCCCGGGGAGGGUCCUGGCGGCCCCGGUGGUCCUCCAGAGGCAAGCAAAGGGGAAGAGGGGUGCACCUUAGAAUCACCAGAAGUGGCUCGCCUUUCCAGAGGUCAUGGCCGACCUGGGCUGCUCCCUCCCAGCCCCAUGGCCGACCUCCAGUCUGGAUCCCGGAUUCAGAGGACCAGGAGUCCGGACCUGUUCACACCCCUCUCUCACCCUCCCUCCCCUCUGAGCCUCCCCCGGCCCCGUUCUGCUCCUGCACGCAGACCCCCUCCCUCCUCAGGUGACACAGCGUUCCCUGCCAGACCUCAUACUCCCUUGAGUCGCAUCGAUGUGCGGCCUCCCCUGGAUUGUGGUCCCCAGCGCCAGGCCCUCUCCCGGCCCCCCACUCCCCGCCGAGGACUCUCUUCCGAGGCUGUGGCAGGAAGACCCCCCAGAAGUCCCCAGAACUGGAAUCAGGAGGCCAGAACACAGGCCCCUUCUGGCUCCUCCACGUAUCUCCAGCUCCCCCCAAGACCUCCUGGGACCCGGGCUUCCAUGGUUUUAUUGCCAGGUCCCCCGCUGGACUCAACCUUCCACCAAAGCUUGGAGACAGAUACUCUGUUGACCAAGUUGUGCGGGCAAGACAGGCUCCUGAAGAGGCUGCAGGAGGAGAUAGACCAGAGGCAGGAGGAGAAGGAGCAGCUAGAAGCAGCCCUGGAGUUGACCAGGCAGCAGCUGGGCCAAGCGACCCGGGAGGCCGCGGCACCUCCGAGGGCCUGGGGACGCCAGCGCCUUCUACAGGACCGACUGGUCAGUGUGAGGGCCACUCUUUGUCACCUGACCCAGGAGCGAGAGCGGGUUUGGGGCACGUACAGCGGCCUGGAGCAGGAGCUGGGCACCUUGAGAGAGACCCUUGAGUACCUGCUGCACCUUGGGUCCCCCCAGGACAGAGCGUCUGCUCAGCAGCAGCUGUGGAUGAUGGAAGACACGCUGGCAGGUCUGGGGGCACCCCAGAAACCACCCCCCCACACUGAGCCUGACUCCCCAUGCCCCACACUCCAAGGCGAGGAGUCCUCAGAGAGGGAGAGUCUGCCUGAAUCCUUGGAACUGAGCUCAGCCCGGUGCCCCGAGGCUGACUGGGGGCGGCCCCCCGCGGGCGGCAGAGACCUCCCCAGCCCUCGCUCAGGUCUUGGAUCUCCGAGGGUCUCCCGGGCCUCCAGCCCUGAGGGUCACCUCCCCAGGUCCCCGCAGCCAGGAACCAAGCUGGCGGUGUUUCUGCUGAGAUGGUUUGCUGGAUCCACGUGUCGCAUGACUCAUCCCGUGGCAAACGGGUUGUCCAGCCACACCCGUGGCAUGCUCUGCAGGACACGCUUUCUCAUUGGUCACAGUAUGUGUAGGCUGAGAAUUUUCCAAAUCUUCAAGCUCUGGUUUCUUUUCGCUUUUCUUCGCUUUAUCUCCGACCUCUUGCAGUUUAAGUUCUUAAGACUUUCGUCCACGAUCACGGUGUCAACAGGCCACACUCCCUCCGAAGUCGCCAGAGAAGGAUCUGGGACUCUCUCCUGUCUUCUGGUGCUUUCCUGACUUGUGGCCACAUAACUCCAAACUGGCACACGACAUUCUCCCUGCGCGCCUCUUCCCUCUGGCUUGAGGGCGAGACCGAGCUCAUAAAGUCCUCUAAGGCCAACUCAAGCUUAUCUUUUGGACAAUUUAGUUAUCAAUAAAUCCGUUUCCUCCGGUCGUUUUUUUUAAAGCCGACUUAAAGGUUGUUGUUUUUUAAUCACAAGCAUCCCAGCAUCUUGUCUAUUAGUGCGAAGAAGCUCGAUAUGUGCAGGGAAUUAUGGGUGUUUGUUAAGUUCAAAUAUAGGGCAGCUGAUGGAGUGGAGGCCGGAGAGGUGGUUGGGGACCAGGCCUCUCGGGGCCACAAAUGCCUUUGUCCCCAUGGCUCGGGGACCGUGGGAGGGAUGGCAUCAGCUCUGGGUAUGGGAUGAGCCCUCUGAGCUCUGGAAGUGAACUUACUGGAAAGGGUCAGACGGGAGGCUAAGAGGCUCAGGGGAGAGAGAGCGCGGAGGUCAAGGUUGGGGUCUUGA